AUGUCGUCGGUCUCACAGACACCACUUUGGGUAUCCUCAAAUGCUGGAAACCACCCGAUUGAUAAGUAUCGACAACGAGUGAACAAGAUAUUCAAUCUCAACCUUCAAAAUUCCCAUCAGCUUCAGCAAUGGAGCGUGAAGAAGCCCCAUGAUUUCUGGAUUGAUUUGUAUAAAUACAUUGGGAUUGUCCCCGAACUUCCUCCUGGUACCACUAGGGCAUACGAUGACACUGUUCCACUCAACUCAAUACCACCAUUCUUCAAGGACAUAGAGCUUAAUUACACGGAGAAUAUACUGCGAGGGAAGAACCCCGAGGCAGUCGCCCUCAUCGGCCUACGGGAAUCUGACCCUCUGAACGGGGAGUUUGUGACCUGGAGUCAGCUCAAUGAAAGGAUACGGGUUGUACGUAGUGCCUUGCUGCAACAUGGGAUCAAGCAAGGUGAUAGAAUAGGUGCUAUAGUAUCAACAUCUAUCUGGAGUGUGGUGCUUCUCCUGGCUUCCGCUUCAAUUGGUUCUAUCUUCUCAUCGAUAUCACCGGACAUGGGAAUCGAGGGCUGUGUAUCUCGGUUCCAGCAGAUAGAGCCUUCCAUUAUAUUUGCCGACAGCGAUAUGUCCUACAAGGGGAAUAGAACGUCGCUUGACGAAAAGAUAAAGGCCGUCAUGCAAAGGCUAUCCAAGUCACUCGUCUUUGUGAACCCAAUUGGUCAUACGAGCAAGUCUUCAUUUCCACUGAUUGGUACAUUUUUAGCAAAGGCUCGAGAUACAGAUGCCCUUGAAUUCACGCGGGUGCCGUUCUCAUGCCCGCUUUACAUUCUCUAUUCAAGCGGAACAACUGGACCACCAAAAUGUCUCGUUCAUCAACACGGAGUAGUUCUGCAAUUGCUCAAAGUAUCCCUCCUUCAUAACUCCCUUGGACCAAGGGAUGUUGUUUUUCAAUACACAAGCACUUCAUGGGUACUGUUCAACAUUAUGAACGGACAUCUUGGUGCAGGGGCAACACUGAUAUGUUAUGAUGGCUCGCCGCUCUGGCCAGAUGCGACCACAAUGUUGAAGAUAUUGGAAAGGUUCAAGUAUGUAUCCAUUGUAUGCAUCAUGUAUCUGCAGUCAGGGUAUCUGACAGUCUCUUUAGGGUAA